AUGAUGUGCAAGUUCGAAAUUUUGCAUCUUAGUCUGGUUAAGAGGAAUGCUGCUGUGCUACAGCUUCCCAUUUUCAGAAUGCUGGUGAAUGAUGUUGAUUGCUUAUGGCAACAAGCCUGCCUACCAGGAAAUCUCACUUGGUUGGGGAAGCAGCUCAUAUACAAGAUCAGGCCAGAUCCACUGACAAUGGAAUCCAAAAACCUCGGUUAUCAAAACUCAACUGGAACAGCACUGAACCUGCAAUUUCAAGCCCUCAUGGUCAGUCAGCAAUUGUGUGGUAUUUUCAGCCAUCAUGUCUGGUUAAGAGUGCUGUUUUACUUCGUCAUCACCAUCACCUAUAGAAAAACUUCAUCAUCACCAUCAGCAAUACCAAGAAAGUUUAUGAAACUUUAUGGAAGUGAACUGCCAGACUCAGUGUGCCUUAGGGUCCCAAGUGGUGCAGUUUGGCAAGUAGGAUUAUCAAAACAUGGUGAAAAUGUUUGGUUGCAAAAUGGUUGGCGAGAAUUUUCAGAGUAUUAUUCUCUGGAUUACGGUCACUUGCUGGUAUUUGAACUUGAAGGAUGUAACCAAUUUAGUGUAUUUAUGUUUGAUAAGAGUGCCACGGAGACGAAAUAUCCAUACAAUAAUCCUGUCUGCAGUGAGGAGCCUAAACACAACGGAGAAUAUAACGAGCCUAAUAUGAGAGAAAAAACUGAGGAUGACGACUCUAUCGAAAUGUUAGGUAGAUCACCUUUGCCAUGCUCUUAUUCUCAAAUGAAGAUGAAACAUGAUUCAACCAGUCAAAUAGAGCAAAAAUGCUCAUUGACAUCCAAGAUAUAUGUCGAAGCUUGCAAGAGAGCUAGUGAUUUCCAAUCAGUAUAUCCUUAUUUCAAGGUGGUUUUGGGACCAACUUAUCUUCAUAGAGGAAAUGGAUUGGCGAUACCGGCGGCCUUUGCCAAGAAAUAUCUCACAGAAAAGCGAAUGGAUAUCACCCUCUAUGUUCCCGAAGGGAGAACAUGGUCAGCCAAAUGCCAUCGCAGGGAUAAACGGUUCUACCUCAUCCAUGGCUGGCAUAAAUUUGCAUGUGACAAUGGUUUAAAAGUUGAUGAUGUUUGUUUCUUUGAGUUGAUUAAGAUCUCUGAAAUCAAAUUGAAAGUUGCUAUUUUCCAAGUGAAUCAUGGUAUCCAUUUUGCACAAGGCCAUGAAAGUACGCCCAAAAGAGUUUCGCACAUGAAGAAAAAUUGUUCGCAAUAUUCUACUAGGUUGAAGACUGGGACUUCACAUUGUUGCAUGCGAGAAUCCGGAGAGGGGGAUAAAACUUUAAUGAAAAACGGAGGCAUGUCUACUGGUUUGAGAUGCCCAAAAGCUGAGGUUGUUGAGCAAACACUGUCGUUGAAUUCCAAAGAAAUUAGUCAAGCUUUCGAGCGAGCAAGAGCUUUCCAAUCCGAAAAUCCUUUUUUCAAGCUUCUCAUACAUCCAAGUUAUGUUCCUGGAGCAGUUGGAUUCGCAGGAGUGACAAUACCGAGCAAAUUCGCCAGGAAGUAUCUCAGGGAAAUGCAAAGUGAUGUCACCCUAUGUGUUUCAGACAAGAGAGUUUGGACUGCUGAAUACCGUCAGUCUGCAAAUAAAUCAUAUUCAAAGACAAAACUCUACCAUGGCUGGAGGGAAUUCGUGCGUGACAAUAGUUUAAAAGUUGGUGAUGUUUGUGUCUUCGAAUUGAUUGAGAUCUCCAAAAUAAAAUUCAAAGUUGUUAUUUUCCGAGUCAUUGAAGAUCUAAAUAACCAGCAGUCACUCGGCCAUGGAAGUGGACCGAAUCGAGUUGAGCCCAAGAGAAGCUUGGAGAAAAAUACUGUAUCUGAUUGUGCUUGCAAUCUUGGAGAGCCAUGUAUUGAUUUUAGGACCAAUCGACAAGCAAAGAAACUGAAGCAGAAAUUUGACUGUAAGGAUGAAACUUUGCAUUAAGUUUUGGCACUUGAAACUAUCCAGCAUACUCCAACAAGAUUGCCGGUGGCCACCUUGCAUUCGUCUCUCUGAGCUGACUUAGAGCAAUGUUGCUGUGCUUAAGGUUUCCUUUUCAUAAAUGCUGCUUAACUAGGUCGAUUGUUUUGUUAAGAACUUAAAUUGUAUGUUCUAUCCUUAAUGGAUUAGUAUGACUGUAUGAAAACUUCAAAUUUACUGGUUUAUUUGCCACCAUGCAUUCACUUUUA